GGAUUUACUGGGAACAGGGACUGAUUUAUCCUGAAGCAAAAAAAGGGAUCCAGCAGAUAACAGACAGAAGCUCAAAGAGGAAGAAAGAUCUGCCUUCCCACAGGGCAAUAGAGUGAUGCUGGAAAUGCCUACUCAGCCACCUGUCCUUUUCAAUGGAGGGAAAACAGCUGUUGUGCAACUGGAUUGGAGGCUGUUCACGUUGGGGGAGGUGGCUGUGCAUUUCACCGAGGAAGAGUGGGCACUGCUGGAUCCUGACCAGAAAGGUCUUCACAGAGAAGUCAUGGAGGAGAUCAGUGAAAUUUUGGCCUCUCUUGAAGGUGAUGGAAGAGAAAUCAAGGAUGACGGGGAGCCACCCACCAAUCAAACCUUUAAAUGCUUAAUAUGUGGAAACAGCUUCAGUCAGAAGGCAGAACUGAACAGACAUCAAAUAACCCACAUAGGGAAGAGACCAUACAAAUGCUUGGAAUGUGGAAAGUGCUUCAAUCGGAACGGAAACCUUGCUAUACAUCAAAGAACUCACACAGGAGAGAGACCAUAUAAAUGUGUGGAAUGUGGAAAGUGCUUCAGCUCCAAAACUCACCUAAACACCCAUCAAAGGACUCACACGGGGGAGAGGCCGUAUAAAUGCAUAGAGUGCGGGAAAUGUUUCAGUUCGAAAUCACAUCUGACUACCCAUCAAAGAACUCAUACAGGGGAGAAACCGUACAAAUGCUUGGAGUGUGUGAAGUCCUUCAUUUCAAACUCGCAGCUAACAAGGCAUCAGAGAACUCACGUACAGGAUGGACCACAUCAGUGCCUGGAAUGUGGGAAGUAUUUCAGUUCAAAGCCACACCUAAGGAGGCAUCAAAGAGCUCGUGCCGGAGGGGCGCCGCAUGCCUGCCUAGAGUGUGGGAAAAGCUUCCUUUGCAAUUCCGCCCUCAUGGUGCAUAAAAGGAAUCACACGCGGGAGAAACCCCAUAAAUGCUUAGAGUGCGGGAAGUGCUUUGCUUGCAAUACAGAACUGAGCAUCCACGAGAGAACUCACACAGGAGAGAGACCCUAUAAAUGCUUGGAGUGCGGAAAGUCUUUCAGCUCAAAGGCAAACUUAAAUUCCCAUGAAAGGAUUCACACAGGGGAGAAACCCUAUAAGUGCUUGGAGUGUGGAAAGUCUUUCAAUUCCAACACGCACCUCAGAAUACAUCGGAGGACUCACACGGGGGAGAGACCCUACCAGUGCUCCGAGUGUGGAAGGAGCUUCACUGUGAGCAGCUCCCUGACUUCUCAUUACAGGAUCCACACGGGGGAGAAACCCUACGAAUGCUUAGAGUGUGGGAAAUGCUUUGCUCACAGUUCUGAACUUCUCACACACACAAAGAUUCACAGGGGAGAGAAGCCACACAAGUGCUCAGAAUGUGGGAAGGGCUUCAUCACACGGACAAACCUGAACACGCACAAACGAACUCACACAGGAGAGAGACCUUUCAAAUGCUUGGAGUGUGGAAAGUGCUUCAUCACAAAGGCAAAUCUCAGGACCCAUAAAAGAAUCCACACAGGGGAAAGACCGUUUGAAUGCGUGGAAUGUGGGAAGAGUUUCAGUCAGAGGAUAAAUCUCAUUUCUCAUCAGAAAACUCACACAGGACAAAUCGUAGAAAUGCUAAAAUGCUAAAAAGACUUUUUUUAAAGGCAGAACUUCCAAAGCCACAUUAGCCAAACUCCAUCCACCCUCAAGUGAUGCCUGAUUCUAUCAGAAGCAAAAAAAGAAAAACACUUUUCUCAUGCAUGGGAAGUUAUUCUGAGAAUGCAUUAAUAUGGGGGAGGGAGUAGCAAAAUCCAGAAAAAUGGCCAUAUAUACUGUAUGUUUGACCAUAUUCUGUAUGUUGUGCAAGGAAAAAAGUCCCAUUCUUCCUGGAAUUGGAGAUGAUUUCCUGUUUAGAAACAAAUUCAUUUAUUUAUCAUAUUUUUAUCACCGCCCAUCUCCCCCACAUGGGGGACGCGUGUUGACAAAUGCACGUCAACAGAUAAAUUGGCUUGUAAGCCAUGUACAGAUUAGAAAUGGAGAACAUAUUCCAACAUCUGUGCAUCAUGACAGUCUAAAGCAGCCUUGAGUAUAUCACUGCAAACUUUAAACCUCUUGGUUGCACAUGUAAUAACUUGGGGGCCGCAGUAGUUUUGUAGUUUUUCAGUAGAUUGUUGAACACUGUUAUAAAACUAAACUCCCCCUCAAAUGAUACAUGAUCCUCUAAGUAGAAGCAAAAACUUCUCUGUUGUACUAAGUGAGGCAUAUCUAAGUUGGAAAUGUCAUAGGUGGAAAAAAUUAAUUUGAGAUAACAGAAGAAAAAUAUGUAAGCAUAGAAAUACUAUUAAUAAAAUAAGACCAAUAAUAUUCUGCUCGUACUUCUCAUCAUGGCCAGCAAAUUUUAAAAUGUCUUUGGAAGGCAUGCAGAUGCAGAGUUGGCUUAAAGAAAGCUCCUCCCUCAAAUGGUAUCGUAAGAAAAUUGUCAUGGAUUAUCCAUUAUCCUAGAGUUUAGGACAUGGGGUGGGAAUGCAGAGUCUGGUUGAAUAUUUAAAAAAGCCUUUUUAUAAGUAACAGCAGCUUAAAUGACUCGGUACUACAUAGUUUCUAGACUGCUUUGAAUAGCAUCUAAAUUCCUGUAGCAGGUUCAUUUGGUCAGCUAAAUGUGUAAGAAUUGAUUUAUUGAAGUUAAUACAUAGUUUCUACUCAGAACAGUCAAGUGAAAAGCUUUGAAUUGAUCCUUCACUUUUACUAAUAGUAAAACAGAGAAAAUAUCCAUAUUAAAAAUGUAUUUAUUCAACUGCUAGAAGGUUUUAAAAAUUGUCUACCAGCAUUUUCAAUUCUCAUAGAAGACUUCAUCAGACAAGGUGGCUGAAAAUAAUGGAGAAAAGCUGAGUGAUGAUGGUGGAGGAAAAUUGA